UUUUACAAAUCAAAUCCAAAUUCUUUGACUUAGAAAAAAAAUGUCUUCCUUCUUAGCACUUAUAAUAUUUAUAUUAGCAACUAAUUAUUUUCAAUUUAGCUUAGGAGUGAAAAAAUUGGCUUCACUCUAUGAAGCACAACCUAUGCCCUUAAAAUACCAUAAUGGCCCUUUACUUGAAGGGCAGCUGCCCGUUUACGUCCUUUGGUACGGAAAGUUCUCCCCUUCUCAAAAAACAAUUGUCUCCGACUUCUUUCUCUCUCUUGACCGACCUGCCCGAAAACACGACCGUGUUGUGGGCCCAACAGUGGGCCUAUGGUGGCAUACCGUGCAAACUAAUUACAUGAAGAAGGCCGGUAAAGGUAGGCUACAUGUUAUUUUGUCCAAGCAACAUGUUGAUGAAGAAUGUUCCCUAGGGAAAAAUUUAAAUAAGUCUCAACUCGCGGAGCUAGCCCGACGAGUGAAUUCUAAACCCAUUGGGCUAACCCUCGUCCUCACGGCUAAUGAUGUAGCCGUGGAGGGGUUCUGUGUGAGUAGUUGUGGGUCACACGGGUCUGAUCAUAAGACAAAGUCAACGUAUAUAUGGGUGGGUAAUUCAAUAAGUCAAUGCCCGGGCCAAUGUGCUUGGCCCUUUCAUCAGCCCAUUUAUGGCCCACAAGAUACACCAUUGGUGGCCCCCAAUGCUGACGUGGGGGUAGAUGGCAUGGUGGUAAAUAUUGCCAACCUUUUGGCUAAUACUGCGACAAACCCGUUUGGGACCGGGUAUUACCAAGGUGAAGCAGAAGCUCCGCUUGAGGUAGCUUCUGCUUGCACCGGGGUGUAUGGAAAAGGAGCUUACCCGGGUCAUGCGGGUGAGCUCCUAAUAGAUUCGAGUUCAGGUGCAAGUUAUAAUGCCAAUGGACUAGACGGGCGGAAAUACCUUUUGCCCGCUUUGUUUGAUCCAUCUACCUCUACUUGUUGGACCCUUGUGUGAACGUUGGAUAAGUAAUUAAAGGCAAUGGAAGCGUUGAAAGCCAUCCAAUAAGGAAUGAAAAUAAUAAAGAUUGUAAUAAUGUUGCAUGAAUGCAUGAUUACUGAUUGGGAUGGUUAGCUAGUGUAGUACAUAAUGUUUUUGUAAUUAGACAUGUAUAUUCAAAUUUCUAGAAUUUUUAAUGUUUUUUUUUCCUCCCACAACAUACAUGAGAUGUUGUAAUCGAAAUUAAAUGAAUGCAUUUGAAGAUUUUAAAUUUUUUACUUAAACUUGACUCAUAUUGGAAUAAUUUUUAUUAGCUAUGUAUGAGAGUGUGGGGUAACUCAAGUGGUUAGAGUUUUCCUCCGGAUUUCAAGUGAUUUUGGAUCCAUUUUGAUCAUCACUCGUCCGUAGCUCUCUUAAAAAAAAGUUAUUAUAUACUCCUCUGUAUUCUUUUACUUGCAACAUUAUAUCAUGACCCAUUGAA